AUGACAAGAAUAACGGCCAACGAGUUCUCCGGCGCAACAUUCAGACCACGACAGUUUGUGCAAUCAGAACGACAAAACUCCAAGCUUCACAUAGAACAGCUCAACUUGUUUGUGGAAUCAAGCCCGGAAAAUGCCAAGUUGACGCAUGAUUUGAUCACACAGGUCACCACGGAUCCGGUUCUCAAGACGGGAUCCGACUAUUAUGACUUGGAUAAAGCUCAACAUCGUAAGGAAACGGCUUUGAAAAUUGCGAAAAUGGCUCUGUACAUGGAAGAGGACAUCCAGAUGGCAUUCAAGAAAUAUCGCAACCACGAUGUGGUCAAGGGAUUGCAAACCGACGAAAAAUAUCCAAUUCUCACAGCUAAAGACUUGGGAAUAUUUGACAAGCGGCUUUCUAUCAUUUCGAACCAGGACCCUCAACUUGGAACCAGAAUUGGAGUCCACCUGGGACUAUUUGGAAACUGCAUUCGUGGUAACGGAACCGAUCAACAAAUUAGGUACUGGCUUCAGGAAAAGGGUGCUCUUUUCUUGAAAGGUAUCUAUGGGUGUUUUGCCAUGACAGAGCUUGGUCAUGGUUCGAACGUGGCACAGCUGCAGACUCGUGCGGAAUACGACCCCAAGACGGAUUGCUUUGUCGUGAACACACCGGAUUUGCCUGCAACGAAAUGGUGGAUCGGCGGUGCCGCCCAUUCAGCCACGCACGCUACUGUUUAUGCAAGACUCAUAGUUGAGGGAAAAGAUUACGGAGUGAAAACGUUUGUGGUGCCCCUCAGGGAUCCUAGCACAUUUCAACUCUUGCCAGGCAUAUUCAUUGGCGACAUCGGAACCAAAAUGGGACGUGACGGCAUCGAUAAUGGAUGGAUUCAAUUUCAAAACGUGGUGAUCCCACGCGAGUACAUGCUGAGUAGGUUCACAAAAGUAAUCAACAGCGGCAACAGCGUGCGUGUGGCCACAGAGCCAACGUUGGACCAAAUUUCUGGUUACUCAGCUCUUUUGAAUGGGAGAGUGAAUAUGGUGAUGGACUCUUUCAGAUUCGGCUCCAAAUUUGUCACGAUUGCAGUACGUUACGCUGUGGGGAGACAACAAUUCGCAGCAGACAACGACAAAAGUGGAAACGCACCCGAAACUCAGCUCAUUAACUAUCCUCUGCACCAAUACCGAGUUUUGCCGCAUUUGGCUAUAGUGUACAUGAUUUCGCCUGUGGCUUUCAAACUUAUGGAUACCUACCAUUCCACCUUGGACGAACUUUACAAAGUGUCUUCCACUGGUGAUAAAAGCCAGUUGAAGCCCGUGAGUAUGAAACUGAAGGAUCUGUUUAUUGAUAGCGCCAGCUUGAAAGCUACCAAUACGUGGCUGGUUGCUAGUGUGAUCGAUGAGCUUCGUCAAGCAUGUGGUGGACAUGGCUACUCGGCUUAUAACGGAUUUGGGAAGGGUUACAAUGACUGGGUUGUUCAGUGUACUUGGGAGGGCGACAACAAUAUCCUGUCUUUGACAUCAGCGAGAAGUAUCUUGAAAAAAUACGCUGAUCUGGCGAAGGGCAAAGUACAGGAAACUGAAUCCUUCAGGUACUUAUCUCCGGAACUCGUCAUGGCUGUCUUGAGAGGUACUAAAUCCGCUAAGUUGGAGACACUGGAGGAUUAUUCUGAUGUCUGGGGAAUUAUGCUAAUCAAAAUGUUGCACUUCUGUGCAAAGUUGGUCAAAGAAACCAAGAGCGCCGACUCUAUUUCAAAGCAUCUUGUCCUGAUCUCCCGUUUCCACGCAUUCCACUCCAUGUUGAGAGCGUAUUAUUUGAAAUUGAAAAGCCCUUCGGACUCACAUGUUUCGGACGAAACCUCACAAGGAGCCUUGUGGAAGCUGUACCAGUUGUUUUCACUCUACUUCAUUGAUAAGCACUCUGGAGAAUUCCAGCAGUUCAAAGUCUUUACUCCAGAUCAGAUCUCAACCCUGGUGCAACCAAAACUCAUGGCUCUACUGCCGGAAAUUCGCAAGGAGUGUAUUGCUUUGACAGAUGCUUUCAAGCUUCCUGAUGCAAUGCUCAACGCACCCAUUGGUUAUUAUGACGGCGACAUUUACAACAAUUACUAUAACGAAGUUCUUAAAAACAACCCUCCGGAGGCGGACGGUCCUGGAAAGCCGGAAUACCACGAAUGUCUCACCUCCAUGCUGAGACGGGGUUUCCAGGGAACAGAAGAUCUUGCGAAGUUGGGCAAGCAAUAA